AUGGCUGAUCGGUUUGGUACAUCUAAAGGAAGUUUUCACGCUAGUGUUACUAGAGUAUCCUCCUCCUUGAUAAGUGUUAUGGCAGAGGUAAUUAGAUGGCCUACAUCACAAGCAGAACUAAAUGAAACAUGUCAAAAAUUUGGAGAAAACUGUCAAUUUCAAAAUGUUUUGGGUGCUCUGGAUGGCAGUCACAUUCCGAUCAAUGCCCCCAAACACCAGCCACAGGCCUACUUCAACAGAAAGAAAUUUUAUUCAGUGGUACUUCUGGCAUGUUGCAAUUCUAAUAUGGAAUUUACUUAUGUUUGGACGGGAAAUCCCGGAAGCACACAUGAUGCUACAGUUCUGCGUAUGUCGGAUCUGUUUCAAAACAGUGAUGUAAAGAUUCCUGUUGGUUUUGUCAUAUUGGGGGAUUCAGCCUUUCCUUUACUGCAGUGGCUUAUUACACCCUUUCGGAAUUGCGGCAACCUUACUGAGCUACAACGAAAAUUUAAUAGGGAGCACAGUCGUAGCAGACAAGUCAUCGAAAGAUCAUUUGGCUUAUUAAAGUGUCGGUUUCGGAGACUUUUGCGAUUUGAGACCUCCAAUAUGAAAAUCCUAGUAGAGUCUAUUCUUGCCGCUUGUGUUUUACAUAACUUAUGUAUUUCAGACACAGACUUUAUCGAAGUGCCAGAUGAAUUUGAAGCUUGCUAUGACAUGCCACCUGCCCGUGAUGGUCAUCAACUCCAAGGAAUUCAAACCAGACAACAGAUGAUGAACCAAUUGAUAUGA